AUGGCCCGUCCUCCUCCUUCGCGCGACGCCGCCGACCUCUCACCCAACUCGUCGUCCUUCCUAUCCUCAACGUCCAAUCCCAAUCAAGUCGCCGCGGGCUCGGUGCGAAGAAAUCUGUUUUCUGCACAUCUGUCGCGACGCCCGGCCUCGGGGGCACAACCGCAAGCACAGACAGCCAGUCAAACUCGACGACAUGAAUCGCAGUCGCAAAACCAGGAGCAACAGUACGGUAGUAGUCUCCCGCGCCCUCGAGGUCACCAACGCUCGGUAUCCACGCCGUCGCUCUCGCCAUCUCCUCCCCGUUCUUCUCCUUUUCAUGAUGCCGCAGACAACGGCAACAGCUCUACUUUCAUCCCCCGUCCAAUACCGCAACUCUCGCCGCCCCACCGCGCAGCUCUAGUGGAUGGUUACGACCCUACAAUUUCCCCCCAUCGACCGCUAAGUCCUCGAUCCUCAGCAGCCCUCUUCCCUAAUCAGUCUAUUGUCGCAUUGAAUCCGCUUACAGGCCGUCCCGUGCUGCCCAAGAUUCCCGUCUUACCCGGCAGACUCAGACUGUCGGACUCGGACGAUGGACUUGGAGAAGAACAUGCGAUGAGUGGAGGAGACGAGGAGGAGGAUGGUGAUGAGCAUGAUGACGCUCACCAGCACGAUUUCUCGGACGACGACGAGGACUUCCAUGACCACGUUGCCCGAUCACACCCCCGAGUCGCGGCAGGCCGGAGAGCGCGAGGGCAUGAUGCCUAUGGCCAGCCGUCGUCACACAUCACAAGAGCAGACCAUGAGCACGUCGCGGCGAUGGCCACGGAGGCGGAGGUCGAGGCGGAUGAAGAACGACGAGACCGCGAACGCAUCGAGCGGCUCCUGCGCGAGAUGAUGGCGCGACAACGCGCGCGGGCCAAGGGCAAAGUGUCGACUUCGGCUGCCGUCGACGAGGACGAAGAGCUCGAGAGAGACGAACUGAUGGGAUUGAUCAUGGGGAGUCUCCGCAGGGAGGUGGCCCGGGCAGAGGAGGAAUCUUGGAUGUUUGGCGAGUCCUUGGGCAUGGGAGGAGCGGCAGGGAGGGACGAGGUAGGUGUGUACGAAUGA